AUUCCUCGUCACUUGUGGCUAUAUCGAGCUGCCUUUUGUACCUUCGACAAUACUCGGACCGCAAUUUGCACACGCGCGCCUUCGCAGCGCAAUUCAUUCUCUACUCGAAAUGUGGUCUACGUGAUAUAUAAUUGCUGGCUGCCGAUAUGGCGCGCGUGCUCGUCGGAGUGCCAUUUCUUCUGCUUUUGCUUGGAGUGUGCUCCGCGCAAACCAACAUCACUGCCAAUGGCACAAAGACGAAUAACACAAUGACAAGCCCGGGCACAACGACUGGCACAUCGGGCAGCACCACAACCAGCGGCACGUCGACUUCCGGGGUCGCCAUAAACGGCCCCACCACCGGCGUGCCAGGGAACAACUCGAUCUAUGAUUGCAAGUCAACGGAACCUCCGCUCGUCAACCUUGGCAACCUGACGAGAGGCUUCACGGUCGUGAACACGGAUUUCCGCAACUGCAACGGCGGCACUGCGGUCAUCCUCAGCUCCGAACUGUCAUCUGGGCUGCAAGUCACGUUCAUAAACUGCCGCUUUUACAACCUGGUCAACCCGGUCGUGCCACCGGACACAGAGUAUGAAAAGAUGAUGGGCGGCGCGCUGCGCGUGCUGGGCUCAGUGGAGCUGCGGCUCGUGAACUGCAGCUUCUACAACAACCAGGCCGUGUGGGCGGCAGCGAUCUACGCACGGACCGGCAACCCCGGCCCCAGCGGCUCGCUGACGCUGCAAAGCACCACUUUCUACAACAAUAAGGGGCAGGGCGCGGUGCUGGUGGACGACGGCGCCGUGGGCAGCUGGUCCGACGUGGUGUUCCGGGAGAACUUCGGCGGCUCGGCGCUGCACGUGCGCGCAAUGCGAGUGUCGGGCAGCACGGCCGCGGGCAUCACCAAUACGACCUUCGUAAACAACACUGCCACUGACGGCAACACGUUCGGCUCCGAGUCGGACCUGGGUCGCUGCGGCGCAGGCAUGUACGUGGAGAGCGUAGCCUCCGCGCUCACCUUUGACAACCUCAACUUCACCAGCAACACCGCGCUCAAGUGCGGCGGCGCCAUUGCGGUGACCAACGUGGACGACCUGGUCCUUGUCAACAGCGUCUUCAGCAGCAACAGAGCCAACGUGACCGGCGGGGCCAUCUGGGCGGAGAGCUCAACCGUCACCGCGAAUGUUGUCACGUUCACAGGCAACUCGGCGCAGCAGGGCGGCGCCGUCACCGGGGGCAUCUCCACUGUGCUGCGGGUGAACCAGGCCGUGCUCCGGGAGAACAGCGCCGACCGCUUCGGCGGCGCCAUCAGCGCCUACAGCGGCGCCUCGCUGUACGUGGACACCAGCCGCUUCAUCCGCAACAGCGCGCAGUACGCGGGCGCGGUGGAGUGCUGGUCGUGUCCCAAGGUCGUCAUCAACAGCUGCACCUUCCAGUCCAACUCCGCCCGCCAGUCCGCCGGCGCGCUGUCGCUGUACGGCGCCACCUCAGCCCUGACCCUGGCCGCCAACACCUUCGUCAACAACACCGCCGCCACCCGGGCGUCCGUCACCACCAAGCACUGCUUCCGCGACGGCAACGGCCAGGGCGGCGCGCUUUGCGUGUCGCUGCAGGCCAACGUGGACCUGGUGAACAACACCUUUGUCAACAACCGGGCCACUUCCGGCGGCGCGAUCUACGCCUCCCGGCAGUGUGAAGUGCUGGUGGACGACGACACGUGCCAGAGCUCCUCCGUACGGCUGUUCGCCUCCAACGACUUCGCAACCAACCGAGCGGUUGGCGGCGGCGGCGCCGCCGUCUAUGCCGUUGACAUUGACACGCUGUCCCUUGCAUGCCCGGGCUCAACCGCCGCCAACUUGACGGUAGGCGGCGACAUCCCUGAAACGUACGACAACACCGGCUGCGCGGGCUGGUCGGGCAACAACACGGUUGAGCAGGGCGGUUACGGAGCUGCGAUGGCGACGGGGUUUGCGGGGCUGCGGACUGGAGACACCACCAACACAACCGCGCUGCAGCAGUUCACAAGCAACGACCUGCUGCCGGUCACCUUUGAGAUGUACGACGCCUUCAGCGCCACAAUCCGGAGCGGCAGCUACGACGCCAACGGCACAACCGUCACGGUGGUUGUCAACAACGCCAGCGACGCCUUGAGCGGCACCAGCACCAACACCACGGCCCUGGGCCUGGCGUCCUUCUCCGCGCUGCGCCUGCGCGCCGCGCCCGGCCCCUACAACCUGACCGCCACGGGUCUGCCCAGCAGCGCCACCGACGCCAGCGACUAUGAGCCGGCCCGGGUGGUCGUCACGAUCCGCGCCUGCUCCCUGGGUGAGGUGAUUGACAGCGGUGGCACCGCCUGCCGCGUGUGCAAGGGCACCGUGUACUACAGCUUCCGGCCCUCCAACGCCGAGUGCGACAUCUGCCCCAGCAACGCCUACUGCCUCAACGGCGUGGACACGUCGGCAUCCUCCUCCGACACCACCACCAACUCCACCACCGACUCCUCGACCAGCAGUAGUAGCAUCAGCAACAGCAGUAGCAGCAGCAACGAUACCGCCACCACUACCAGCAGCAGCAACAGCAGCAGCAGCAACAGCAGCGGUAGCAGGCGGCGUCGCCAGCUGAGCAGCACGGACCAGAAGUACACGGGCAAGGGCAACGGCUACUUGGUGCCGAUGGAGGGCUACUGGCACAGCUCGCCUUUCUCGCCGCAGAUGAGCAAGUGCCCCACCUUCUCCGCCUGCGACUACACCGACCGCGCCGCCGCCAUCGGCGCCUUCCAGACAACGCAGCUGUCGGCGCGCGACGCCAACCUGCCCGUGCCCUCCGACAGCGCCAUCGCCAACAUCAGCUACUACUGGUCGCUGCAGUGCUCCGCGGGCUACAUCGGCACGCUGUGCGCGCAGUGCGACACGCCAGGCUACGGCCUGCGCAGCAGCGGGCUUUGCACCAAGUGCCCCCCACAGGGCCUGAACACGCUCUACUACUGCCUCAGCUACCUGCUCACCAUUGGGCUGCUGGUGUGGACCAUCCGCUCCACACUCACCCGCUCGCUGGGCGAAGCGCGCGCCGCCCUCAAGGUGCAGCGCCGCACUCGCAGCCUGCGCCGCCAGGCCAGCGCGGACGCGGAGGACCUACACCAUGACGGGGGCGAUGAUGGCGAGGGGGCAGAGGAGGGCGAGGAGGAGGAGGUCCGUGCGGGCGGGCGGCCGGUGGCGGAGGGCGGCGUCUGCAGUACGCGUUCAGGGGGCGGCAGCGGGCACAGCAGCAGGCGCAGCGGGCACAACAGCAGUCGCGGCGGGCAGGGCGUGCUGGAGCGCGCAGCGGCGCAGGCGGCGGCGCAGCUCGAGUCGGGGGCGGCGCGGGGCGAGGAUGACGGCGGCAGCGGCGGGGACGACGGCCGGCGGGACGACGACGUGCGCGGCGUGCCCAAGCGAGAGGGCUCGGUGGCGGGGAUGCUGCCGCCGGCGGCGCUGCCGGGCCGGUCGCGUGUGCCGCGCUCCGUGCGCGCGCGGGAAAGCCGGCUGGGCGGGGGCUCAGCUGCUGCGCCUGUUGGGGGUGGGGCGGUAGCUGUGGCCGGGGCGGGGGCAGGGACGGGGCCCGGCGUUCUGCCUGACAGUGGCGUGUCAGAGGACCCCACGUCAGGCUCGGACGGCGAGGGCGCGUCGGGCCAUGGCGUACAGUCGCGGCACCGGCUCUCGCGCAUGUCGCGCGGCGAGGGCGGCGGCGCCGCCGCCGCCGCCGCCGCCGCAGGCACAUCUGGGCGCAGUGCCGGCACCGCGCCCUUUGGCGGCCCCAUCGCCGAAGGCGUGGAGGCCGGCGACGGCGACGGCGCCGCGCCGCCCAGCAGCGGCAACGGUGAGCUGUGGGGGCUGCGGAAGCGCGUGCCAAAGGACAACCGCGGCGGAUGGCGGCGUGUGGACACGGAUGCGGUGGUGGUCAGCUCCGGCGACUGGGCCGACAGGCAGCGCGGCGACGCGGACGAGGACGAUGAGGAGGAUGACGAGGACUGGGAGCUGGACGAAGCCAAGGGCCGCUCAGGCGGCUCCCGCACCGCCAAGGACGCCAAGGGAGGCGGCGCUGGUGCCGGCGGCGAAGGGGCGGACGGCAAGGCCGGGACGGGGCACGCUGCUGGCGGCCUAGGGGACAUGAUGGGGGCGGGCGCGGACAGGAUGCGCUGGGCGGCGGCGGCGCUGCGGCGGCGGCAGCGGCGGCUCAAGGCGCGGCUCAAGGCGGACGAGUCGCAGCGUGAGGAGAAGCCGCCUCACACCAUUGUGCUCAAGAUCCUGGUCAACUACCUGCAGGUGACCACUGUGGCUCGGGACCUGGACCUGGAGUACCCGGCCCUGGUGGAGCGCAUCUUCAACAUAGGCUCGCAGGCCUCCUCCGCGGUGUCCACGUUCGUGUCUCUGGACUGCUCCCUGCCCGACAACGGACUGUCCAAAGCCAUUCAGCGCACCCUUAUAAAUGUCUGCCUGCCCGGCAUCUUCGUACUGCUGUCCGUGCCGAUGUGGAUGCUGCUGUUCCUCUUCGCGGCGCGCAGCGGCCGCAAGACCGCAGCCGCGACCGACCCUGCCGCCGCCGCCGGCCCGCCGGCCGAGAGCAAGGACGGCCCACUGCUCAACGGCACCGCCCCCAGCCACUUGCCCAAGGGGCACGAUAGCCACACUGACGACGGCGGCGACGACCUCGCUUCUGCGAAAGAAGCCGCGAAAGCCGAGUCUGCCGCCGCCGCCUCAUCCAAGCUUGGGACGUCCACGGCGGCGGCGGUCUCUGACAAGGACGGCGGCGGCGACGGGCUGCACGGCGGCCCGGUGCGCUUCCGGCCCUACUUCGCCACACGUAUGGCGGUGACUCUCAUCGCCGUCAUUUUCUACUUCUACCCCAGCGUCACGGACGAGAUUUUAUCGGUGCUGCAGUGCAAGGAGGUGGACGCCGGCACAGGCGCGUACGCCGAGUACAGCCGAGCGAUGGGUGAGCUCGACUACGACCAGCGGGCGGGAAUCCGGGAAUUAGGCGUGCUGGGCAUGUACUGGGAGCAGGACUACGGGCUGCGCUGCUUCCGCGACAGCCACCUGGUACUGGCGCUGGUGGUGGCCAUCCCGGGCGUGGUGCUGUUCUGCGUGGGCGUGCCGGUGGCCUCCGCAGCCUUCCUGCGCCGCAACGCGCUGCGGGGGCGGCUCAACGAGCGCAAGUUCAGCGACCGAUACGGGUUCCUGUACGAGGACUACCGGCGCAGCUACUACUACUGGGAGAGCGUCAUCAUGCUCCGCAAGCUGUGUGCGGUGGGGCUGCUCAUCCUGACCAGCAGCCAGGAUGACAUCAUACAGGUGCUGUCGGUGCUAGGCGUGGUGGUGGCGGCGCUGACGGCUCAGGUGAUGUGCAAGCCGUACGUGUACGAGCGCUUCAACAAGCUGGAGCGCGCCAGCCUGGUCGCCACGUCGCUCAUCCUCUACCUCUGCUGCUUCUUCCUGGUUACCAACCUGUCCGAUACGGCACGCGAGGUGCUGUCUGUGAUCAUCGCCAUCAUCAACGUGGGCAUGCUGGUGUGGUUUGGCUACUGCCUGGCGGUGGAGGCGUGGAGGUACGCCGUGAGGGUGCUGGACGCGGACGGAGACGGCAAGGUCACCAAGGGAGAGGUGCGCAUGUUCCUGGCGCAGACGCUGGGCGCGCCGCUGGCCAAGCUGGUCAGCUGGCUGGCGCACCCCACGGCCAAGAAGCUCACCAAAGCCCAGACCGCCAAGCGGAGCAGCGGGGCUGUAGCAGGGACAGGGGCAGAGACAGGAGCCGCAGCAGGAGCAGGGGCAGGGCCAGGAGGGGCCGCGGAGUCAGGCGCUGCAGACGGCGCUGUGGCGGGCGGCCCCGGGGUGUCUGCGCCGGCUUCGCCGCUGCGGCAGGCCCUGCUGCCGCCGUCGCACCCGCCGCACCCGCCACGUGGCGGCGGCAUCCACGGCUCCGGGGCGCCAGUCAGCGAGAGCUUGGUGGCGGCGUUUGAAGCGGAGGACUGCGAUGACGCUGGCCCGAGGACCGCAGCGGCGGCGGCGGGGCUGCCUCCUCGGGGGCCGGCAACCGCUGCGCCGCCGCCUGCCAGGCACUUUAGCGGCAGCAAGGGAAGCAGCAGCCGCGUCAGCGGCGACGGGCGGGGCGGCGGCGCGGCAGCGUCAGUGGCGCCGGUUGUGCCCAUGUCGCCGCCAGGGGCUCUGCCCGGCUCGCCGCUUGCGUCUGCCAGCAGUGGCAGCAGCAGUGAGGGCCUGCAGCGGGCUCGGCUCAGCGGCAGCGGCAACAGCAGUGGCACAAUGGAUGGACUGCCGGGCGGGCCCCGCAGUGGCGCCAGCCUGGGUUAGAGUGGUGCUGCAGCUAAGGCUGGUUCUUUAUAUCCGCCGCGCACGACACAGUUGUGUCGCGGUAAGCGGCGUCCGCCGUCUGCACGCGCUGCAAGCAAGCAUGAUUCUGGGCUAUACUUGCUGGUCUGGGUUGACUGGGAUUAACCAACAUGCAUGCAUGGAUGGGAAGGAGGUAGGAGCCAGAAUCGGGUUUGGGCGGAAGGGUGUCAAUUGGCAGCAGCUACGAGCUGCUGCUGCUACGACAAUAAAGCGAUGCUCCCAUGCAUCAGCACGGUGCAAUGUGAUGUUGCCUUUUGGCUUCGCACGGAGCGGUGUGCGAUGGCUAGUGCACGACCGAUAGUGUGCGACGCUGAAACGUGCGUUGCGCGUGUGCCUUAUCAUCAUGAACCCCGGCAUUUCCCCUUCACUGCAUAUCGCAUGACAUGCGGAUGUUUCACUUGUAUGUGAUACACAUAUUCUUUGUAUUGGGCUCGUAAUUGGUUGGUGAUAGCUCCCACCAUUGCAUAGUCGGUGUAUUUGAUGCAAGCGGCUAUGUUGAUGCCUUGUCUGUAUGCACCCCUGAUGCGGUGUGGGCCAGUAUAAGGCCAUGACAUAUUGCUUUGGGACUUAAAUGUUGCGCAGCAGCGAAGUGCACGCCCGCCGCCCGCGGUCAUUAGAGCACCGGCGCAUUGGACCACGGUAUUGGACCUCGGCUCCUUUAUCAACAACUUAGUGUCGU